AACUGUCGCAAAAGUUGCACAUUACAUUUAGCUGGUGUGGUUUGUACAGUAUCAGCUGCUUCUGACAUGAACUAGUGACAACACAAACAUCUGAGUAAUGUUAUCUAACUGUUCGUUAACGUGUUGUCGAUGUGCUUCGCUUUAGAAUGGCCUCAAUCACUUAAAAUCAGUUCCCGCAUAUAGUUUAUGAGAUUAUCUCUUGUUUGCUCAACUAUAAAACACUCCAGCACAGGUAAACUAGUUAGCUAGCUAAAUUGGGCAUAAUUUAUGUCACUAGGAGAGUGCCUUUGGGCUUCAAUGAAAACUGAAGAUCCAGGAGAAGAGUUGUGAGGAGACAUCAACAGGUUGUGCGAGGAUGGACUUUGUCAAAACGGUCCUGGUGACUGGAGGGGCAGGUUUCAUUGGGUCCCAUUUUGUCUGCUCCCUAGUCAACAGGCACCCAGAUUGGCGUAUCAUCAACUUUGACAAUCUGGACUACUGUUCCAAUCUCAGGAACCUGGAGUCUGUAGAGGAGAAUGAGAACUACACCUUUAUCAGGGGGGAUAUAUGCAAUCCAUGCUUGUUAAAACACAUGUUUGCCACAGAAAACAUCGAUAUCAUCUUUCACUUUGCAGCUCAAACACAUGUUGAGACGUCCUUCGUAUGGCCGUCCAGAUACCACAUGGUGAACGUGGAGGGGACAAGGGUGCUACUGAAAGAAGCUUUUGAGGCCAAGGUGGAGAAGUUUAUUUACAUUAGUACAGAUGAGGUGUAUGGAGAGAGUCUGUAUAAGGAAUUAGAUGAAACCAGCCCAAGAAGACCCAACAACCCAUACUCUGUGUCUAAAUCAGCUGCUGAGUGUCUUGUAUUGUCCUACAGGGAGAGACACAAGUUUCCUGUUAUAAUAACAAGGAGCAAUAAUGUAUAUGGACCCAGACAGUACUUGGAGAAGGUCAUUCCAAAAUUCGUGUCCUUCCUUCAGCUGAACAAAAAAUGUACCAUCCAAGGGACCAGCCCUCAAUCUCGCCACUUCCUGUACGUGGAUGAUGCCAUUGAAGCAUUCCACACCAUCCUGGAGAGGGGGACAGUGGGAGAAACCUACAACAUCGGGACCGACUUCGAAAUAUCCAUCAUUCAACUAGCCAGAGAACUUAUCAAGAUGGUCAGGCAUGUACCUGAUGCAGAACUGGACGACUGGCUGGAGUUUGUGCCUGACCGGCCAGUGGUUGACCUGAGGUACCCUGUGAACUGUGAGAAGCUGUGGAGGCUGGGCUGGAAGCCUGCAGUGUCAUGGGCAGAGGGCAUCAGAAGGACAGUCAAAUGGUACCAAGAGAAUCCAGACUUCUGGCCAGAUGUCAAACCAGAAGACCAACCAAUUACCUUUGAGCCCAAUACCAGAGACCAAUAAGCACAUAGAUUGUGUUCCUGGAGAGCAACAGGGUGUGCUGGAUUUUGUUCCAGACCUGGUUCAAUUAAUCAGUCUUAAUUAGGGUUGUUGACCUCCACUAGUCAGCUCAAUCACUGUGGGUGUGCAAGGGAACACUUAUUUUUGUAAAUGUUUUACUAAUGAAGGUCGAAUGUAAUAUUCAUCAUAGUCAAUAAAUAACUUUAUAACGCAGGCUUGAAUGUUGAAUAUUAAACUCCGGAUAUGCAAAGACAAAAUACAAAAGUUGGUUAACUAUUUGCAAGUCAAAACUUUUAAUUUUGGUAAAAUCAUACAAUAAAUGCACAGGUGUUUUCUCGUGCAGUGCACAGCCUCUAAACUAGUACAUAAAGCAAAUACAAACUAGUGGGCGACUCAGUGGCAUUCAGGAGAGUGUCUGGCCAGCCGAAAGCUCUCCAACCUCUCCUCUCUGCAGCUUCACAUUUCCAUUCAUACGUUUCAUCCAAACCUUUACUUUUCAGACUCAGUCAGUCAAUGUUACUGUAAGACUCACCACACACUCCACAGAACACACACGGAGGCCCAAAUAUGCAAAUACAACAGAGCAGAACCACAUGUUUUUUUUCCUUAAGAUUACCAUGUGCCAG